AUGCUCACGAACGUCUACUUGGUCGCUUCUUUAGCGACAUUGGGUGGCUUGAUCCAUGGCUUCGAUGUGACAAGCAUGGCGGGCAUCCUAGGAACGCCUCAGUACAAGCAUUAUUUCAACAACCCCGGAUCUGUCAAGCAAGGUGGUAUAACCGCGAGCAUGGCAGGUGGCUCCCUCAUUGGGUCUAUCAUCUCAACCUUCAUCAGUGACCGCUUUGGUCGUCGAGAUACCCUUUUCGUAGCAGCCAUUACCUGGAUUGUCGGAUCGACCCUGAUGUGCGCUGUUCAGAAUGUGGGAAUGCUGAUAGGUGCUCGCGUGGUGAAUGGAAUGGCUGUCGGACUGAUUACCAGUCAAGGACCGACGUAUAUUGCGGAGGUCGCACCAACGCAUCGGAGAGGCAGGCUGAUAUGCCUCCAACAAUGGAUGAUAACUUGGGGGGAACUUAUCAUGUACUUCAUCCAAUACGGAUGCUCCUUCCUAGACACUAAUGCCUCCUUCCGCAUUCCGUGGGGCUUGCAAAUGAUCCCAGCAUGGGCGUUGCUGUUCGCUGUCCCAUUCAUGCCACGCUCUCCCCGUUGGCUUGCCUCAAAAGACAGGUGGGAAGAGGCGCACGAUGUGCUCGCCAUUCUCCAUGCAAAGGGCGAUCGACUAGAUCCCCUCAUCAUAGCCGAACUACGGGAGAUUAGAGAGCAGGUUGAACUAGAGGCCACGUAUGGAUCUACGAGUUGGUCUGAGUUGAUCAAAAAUCGGAAUAUCGUUCGUGUUCACUUGUGCAUAUUCGCACAUGUGUGGAGCCAAUUCUCGGGCAUCAAUGCACUUCUUUAUUAUAUAGUCUACAUCUUUCAGAUGGCAGGACUCACCUCCAAGGCCACCCUGACCGCCGCGAUUGUUCAAUACGUUCUCCUCGUCGUGGGUACCUUUCCUGCUCUCAUCUUCGCCGACAGGUGGUCUCGUCGUAAGGUAAUGAUGGCCGGAUCAAUUAUUCUCGCAUUCUGGCACUUUACACAAGGUUCGCUCAUGGCCGCAUAUGGCCACUAUAUCCCUGGGGGCUUAAACGGAGUAAAGACGAUCGCAUGGAAAGUGGACAGCCCCCUGGCGUCGAAGGCGAUCAUUGCCUCCACAUACCUGUUUGUGUUCUUCUACUCUACGACCUGGGGCCCAAUGGGCUGGAUCUACCCUCCUGAGAUUGUACCCUUGUAUAUCCGCAGCAAGUCAGUGUCAUUUGCGACAGCAUGUAAUUGGGCGGGGAAUUUCGCCCUCACAUUCUUCACGCCACCUGGGUUUCAACACAUACAAUGGAGGAUGUAUAUGAUCUUUGGGACCCUUAUGUUGGUUGCUUUGAUUCAUGUAUUCUUCCUAUUUCAAGAGACGCGUGGCCGAACGCUUGAAGAGAUGGACGAGAUAUUCAACAACGAAAGUAUUUGGGCAUUCCGCGUCAAGUACCAGAGCCGGCUGGGGCGGGAUAUUGAGGAAGCGAAAGCAGAUCUGGAUAGUGGGAAGGCUGCGGUCAUUGCUGUUGAACUUGGCCAGGAACCUACCAGGUAA